UAUAAGUAUCAUUUCUCCAAGUUUUAGUACUUCGUUUCAUCAACAUUCAUUACCCCAUCCAGUCUCCUCUCUCCAUUUCUGGCAGUCCUCCGUCUUUUUCUCUCUCUCCACCGAAGCCUGAUUUUCUCUCGACGGUUUUCCGUCGCAAUGCCACCUCCGAUCAAAUCGAACAGGCUGGGCAGGAUCUCCGACUCCGAUGAGUCCGAUACGCCAUCGAACAAUUUGUGGGUGGGGAACCUGGCGAGCGACGUGACCGACUCUGAUCUCAUGGAGCUCUUCGCCCAGUACGGGGCGCUCGACAGCGUCACCACCUACUCGUCGCGUAGCUACGCCUUCGUCUUUUUCAAGCUCGUCGAGGACGCCAAGGCCGCGAAGGACGCUUUACAAGGUGCGGAGCUGCGAGGGAACCGGGUCAAGAUCGAGUUUGCUCGCCCGGCAAAACCUUGCAAGCAACUAUGGGUGGGUGGAAUUAGCCCAACCGUCUCAAAGGAAGAAUUGGAAGAAGAGUUUCUUAAGUUUGGUAAAAUUGAGGAUUUUAAGUUCCUCAGAGACCGUAAUACUGCAUUUGUUGAAUACCUUAGAUUGGAAGAUGCAUCCCAAGCCAUGAGAAAUAUGAAUGGGAAGCGUUUAGGUAGUGACCAGAUACGCGUGGAUUUCCUUCGAUCGCAGCCCUCAAGAAGAGAACAGUGGCCUGACUCCAGAGAUGGGCUGUUUCAGGGCAGAAGCAUGGUAUCUGUGGAUUCCCAUUUAGGCCAUAAAAGACAACUGCAUCCUCAGUCUUCUGUAGGCCGAAGAGGAGAUGGUCAACCCAGUAAUGUCUUGUGGGUAGGUUACCCACCCUCUGUUCAGAUUGACGAACAAAUGCUCCAUAAUGCCAUGAUUUUGUUUGGUGAAAUAGAAAGAAUUAAGAGUUUUCCUUCAAGGCACUACUCCUUUGUGGAGUUUAGGAGUGUGGACGAAGCCCGGCGUGCCAAGGAGGGGUUGCAAGGUCGGCUUUUUAAUGAUCCUCGAAUAACCAUUAUGUUUUCAAGCAGUGGGCUGGCACCUGGCAAAGAUUACCCUGGAUUUUAUCCUACAACCAAAGGGCAAAGGCCAGAAAUGUUUGUUAAUGAACCUCCAUUUCUACCUGCACAGAUGGAUAUGCUUGGUCAUAAUCGUCCUGUAGUAUCAAAUAAUUUUCCUGGACCAUUGCAAACUAUGCCAAUGAGGCCUUUUGGUCGUCAAGGUAGUCUUGAACCUCCGUUUUCAGGCUCAGAAUUUGAUGAUUUGGCCACACAUCCGAAUUUUCAGGAUGGUGAUUUGAAGAAUAUGAUGGGUUCAAACUGGAAAAGGCCAUCCCCUGCACCUGGGAUGCUCCCUUCUCCUGCACCAGGUAUUAGACCAUCCGCAAGAUCCACAUCUGGUGCUUGGGAUGUAUUAGACAUAAAUCAAUUUCAGAGGGAUUCUAAAAGGUCAAGGAUGGAUGAUGCUUUGCCUGUUGACGAUGUUUCUUUUCCUUUGAGAAGGAUUGAUGAUCGUGGGUUGGGGUUGGAUCAAUCUUAUGGGUCUGGUCUGGUAAUUGAUGGAGAUGCUUCUAAUCAUUUCAGAAAUGUUCAAGGGAAGAGCCGCCUCAGUCCUGUUGGUAGUAGAGUCAUGGCUGGAGGACCUGGUCAGGGUCAGGUUGAUAAUGAUUACAUAUGGCGUGGGAUUAUCGCUAAGGGGGGAACACCUGUUUGUCAGGCACGUUGUGUUCCCAUAGGAAAAGGAAUAGAAACUGAGCUUCCUGAAGUAGUUAAUUGCUCGGCCAGGACAGGAUUGGAUAUGCUCACGAAGCAUUAUGCUGAUGCCAAUGGGUUUGAUAUUGUUUUCUUCUUGCCAGACAGUGAAGAUGAUUUUGCUUCGUACACUGAAUUUCUUCGCUACCUAGGUGCCAAAAACCGUGCUGGUGUUGCCAAGUUUGAUGAUGGGACCACCUUAUUUUUGGUACCUCCAUCAGACUUCUUAACUAAUGUUUUGAAAGUGGUGGGCCCUGAACGUCUAUAUGGUUUGGUUCUCAAGUUUCCACAACAAGCUCCUAGUGGCACAUCAAUACUGCAACAAUCAUAUCUUCCCAUUCCUUCUUCUCAUUAUAUGGACAGACAGCAGAUUCCUCCUCGUGCCGAGUAUGGUGUACUCUCUUCUAGGGAGGAACAAGUUUUGCCAAUGGAUUAUAGUAGGGUUUUGCAUGAGGACUCUAAGCUUCCUCCUAAAUCAGUUUUCCCAGUUACAAGUGAGUCGCCUGCGAUGCAGUCAGUACCCCAAGAUUACACUACUAGCAAUGCACCUGCAGUGUCCCAACCUGGAGUAACAUUAACCCCUGAACUUAUUGCUACUCUAGCUUCCUUGCUACCUCCAAACACACAGUCUUCUGUUUUAGAAAGUGCAAAGCCCGAAUUAGGCUCAUACUCUGUCAGACCUUCAGUUCCACCUCAAGUUGCAUCCGAUAAAGAGACACCAUCCCAAGACUGGAAACAAGAUCAUCAAACAUCUGACUAUGUGGGUCAUUCAUUGCAACAGUUGAGGAGUCAGUUUAAUCCUCCAAUACAAAACCCAGCCCAGUAUCAGCCUUACCCAUCUGUCUCAAUCACUCCAGGCCAUAGUGCCCCAUUGGUACUUGGCAGUGCCCAAAUUCAGGACUCUUCUAUCAGCUUGCCACGGCAGGGUGCAAUUUUGUCUCGGCCUCUGAACCAAAAUGGACAGGCUGCUGCCUCUUCCCAAGUGAGUCAGCCGUAUCAGCUUGAAAUUCCUCCUAGUGGUCAGAGAGGCUAUGGCAUGGUUCAUGGAAUGCAAGCUUCUGGAAUGUAUAGUUCACCAGCUUUUCAGCAGGCUAAUGGUCCUUUGACAUCACCUGGUCAGGCUCAUGGUUCUCUUCAUUCCCAUCCAGGAACAGUAGCAGCUGAAAAAGUGAGCUCAGAGCUUCCUGGUCAGGUGCAGCAGCUUCAGUCUGCACUCUUUGGCACUUCCCAGGGCACGCAAGAUGUUGAGGUUGAUAAGAAUCAGCGCUACCAGUCAACGCUACAAUUUGCUGCUAGCCUCCUUCAACAGAUUCAGCAGCAGCAGCAAGCGACCACUCAGGCAGGACGAGGGUCUGGAAAUCAACAAUGAGGUAAUCCCUCCUCACAUGAGUAAAAUUCAACUGAUGAAUCCCUUUCUUGAACAAACCUCUCUUCUCCAGUUUGUAGGUGGUUUGUUGGCUAACUUUAGUCGUUAUUUAGAUUCCCUUUUUGUUUUCUUAUGAUAAAUGUUCAGGGUCAUUUUUAUUAUUCGUUGAUAGUUUUAUAUCAAAAGUUUCAAACAACUUUGCUAGCGAAACUGAAUUAUAAAUGAUAUGCUUUAUUUUGGUUCUAGAAACCGGGUACAAAAUUUAGAUGGAGAGAUUACUAGUUUUCAAUUCUAUGAUAGUCAAAACAUUGAAAAUGUGAUACACAUGGGAAAGACUGGCUUUUUGUGGUUCCUUUUGAAGUUAUACCAGAUAAUAUGGUUAGAAUGAGAGAGUGACUAUAUAGUAAGGAGAUGUUAGUUUUUUAAGCAGUAAGUGGUUGUUUUGGGCAACUAAUGCAAUUUUAUUAAAGUGCAAGGGGCGCAACCCAAGCACACUGGAAGUGUACAGGAGAAAGCACCCAAAUAGGGAAAAUAAGUAAAAUGAUAAAAUAAAUUAUAAAAUGGAAAAGCUAGGACUAUCAUGAUUCGACAUCCAACCAGAAUAUUUGGAGUUUCUAGUAUUAUGAUUCUUAGUUCUACCACCAUCCUCAUACAAUUUUUGAAGUUUCUAUCAUAGCUUUAGUUCUAAAUACACCACGUUAAGCAUGAAGGAACCAUUUGCCAAACUUCUACACAGCAUUGACCUACAUUUGGAUAUCUUCAACAAGCCAACAACUCUACUGUCGGUUGUGGCAUGACACACUAUAUGCCAAAAGAUUAAAAACUAAAGCCCAUAAAGCUCUAGCCCACAGUGCAACAAAAGAUGAUAAGCAGUUUCCCCACUUCUUGUAUGUACAACACAUCAUUAUGACGUGCCUCUUUUUUAGAUAUUAUCAAUAGUUAAAAUCUUCCCUAAUGCUGCUGCCCCCCAAUCUUUUUUUGAUUGGCACGGGGUGUCCAGAACAAAGUCUUGACUAAUCCCAGAAGGCUUUACUGGAUUGUUUGUUUCCUGGUUUGACAUGGUAUUAAGUUUAUUAUUGAUAUUUAAAUGAAUUUCUAUUUGAAACUUGUGUGUUGACUGCUUUUUCUUUGGCUAGGCAUAGAAUUUAUUAUUGUCUUUACCAGAAAUGUGUGUUUUUGUGUUUGGUCAGUGUGCUUUUUUUAUUUUUCUCAGUAUGCUUUUACUACUCGAGUGUGUGUUUUUUAAGAGACUACUGCAUUGUGUAGAGUGGUUGUCUAACUGAUUCAGUACUAUGAUACCUUGCUCCCUAUCAUGCUUGUUGAUGAUUCCUCUUAUCUGAUGGUUUUAGUUCCCUUAUGUAUAAGAUGUCAUAUCACCGUUAUUUGGUCUAGUUUAUCAACAUUCAGUUUCUGCAAUUGCAUUUGCGUGUCUAUUAGCUUAUGCCUAGAAUUCAUGGCUUUUGGGUGACAUAUGGAGCUGCGUUUUUGUGAUGCAUCUGUUAAUAAUUAUUUAGUCUAACAUUAUGGUGAUCAUCUCUUAAAACUAGUUAAAUUGUGAGAGUCAAAUGUAACAGAAGUUAGUUUGAAGGAGUUUGUUUUUAACUUAAUUUUGAAGACUACUAUGAGAUUUGUAAAAUUAAAUUUAUGUCUGUAAAUACAAAGUGACGGAUGUUCACCACCACCUUAAGAAACUA